AUGUCGAAAUCAAUUGCAAACGUUGUUUCCGUCUGUCUGGACCAAUUUGACGAGAUAUCCGAAGCUGCGUCUCUACUCCAACCUCAGCUUCUGGGGCUGUCAGGAACGAUAAACGACGAAAGGGAUAGGUUCUCAGUCUAUGUGCGUAAUAUCGGAGCACACCAGACAGACAGGAGAUCUCUCGAUUUUCGGCUGCGGGACGCAUCCCAUAUUCGCAGUCAGAUUUUCAGUCUUCUUCAAAGUAUGCAAGAGUCACUACAAGACGCCAAGAACCUUGUUAGAGACCAAGACAGUUUCCCCAAAGAGUUUGCAGAGCAGGAUGACAUGAAUCACUUUUCCGAAAUUCAGGAUUUAUUUGCGAGUAUAGCCAGAACUGUGACCUGUCUAUUACGACUGUCGAUCACAAUCCAGAAUCCAGCACCCCACGACAGAUUUGCAUUGUCGGAUAUUACCGACACAUCGCAUUUUGAGGCUCACGACAUGGAGCAUACGGCCACUAAGUAUCCUUCAUCCAGCCGCGCUUUGGCAGAAAGACUUGGGAAAGCAAAUUCUUAUCGCCGCCAGUAUUUUAAAUAUCGUGAGGCACGCCACAUCAAAAUGGCUAGUGUGGCCAACUAUGACCCUGACGGUCAAAGCACAGAGGCAUCCUCGAUUGCCGAGCAACUGAAGAAUCAAAGUAAUCAGGAACAGGACCUUCCCAUGAUAGACGAAGACAAAAUGUCUGAUGGAGGUUUAACACAAACCUCCUACGCAACUACAGUUUCUGGUUUUGAUAGGCCUCGUGUCCCUCCUCUUCCAGCUGCAUCACAAGAUGUUGCUUUCGAGUGCCCAUUCUGUUUUAUGAUGGUAUCGGCUCACACCAGGAAGUCUUGGAAAAAGCAUGUGUUUGCCGACCUCAGACCCUACAUAUGUCUUUUCGAUGAUUGCCAAACACCAAUGAAGAACUUUCAACGACGGCGCAACUGGAUUGAGCAUGUCCGCCAACAGCAUUGGAGGAUUUGGUUGUGCCCUUUGAGAUGUGGCGAAUCCUUUGACACAGAGAGGAAACUUCAAAAACACAUGCCAACUUCACAUCCAGACUUUCAAGCUCCGGAAGGGCUUAUUCCCGAGCUGAUGCAAGCGGCAUCGAGACCGAGAAGGGAAUGGACGACGGUGCCUUGUCCCCUUUGCGCGGAGGAAAUGAGAUCUGUCAAACAUUAUCAACACCAUGUUGGACACCAUCUUGAAGACGUCUCUCUGUUCGCGCUUCCACAUUGUGAGUAUGCCACGAUGGAGACAGGCCACGAUUUCAAGACUCCUGGAGAAUCAAGUGGGAGCGAAAGUGGAGAAGAGCGAACACCUUCUAGGUUGACCGUAUAUCAGUCUAUUCCGUCGUACCAAUUGUCGCGGCGGAACUUAGCUGCUGCAUUGGAAUCCUUUUUCCCAGGAGAAAAAACAGAUAUUGGAUCGAGAGUGACGGAUGAAUUCACGGUCCAACUUCCACGAGAGUUGACUGUGGAGGAAAGAAAGCAUAUAGACAGUGUCCGCCGCGCCGGCGAUUUUGAGAAGAAUGAUGACGGACCGACGAGCUAUUGGAAGGUUUACGAAGCUGAAGACUUUCCUCUCUUUCUGUCAGCUUUUGGCAGUGACUGGGCAAAGAUAGCGGCACAUAUGGGUACCAAGACCCCUGUCAUGAUCAAGAACUAUUAUCUUCGACAGACGGAAGACGGCAAGAAGGAGUGGGAAGAUCGUGUCAGAGAGGCUGAUGCUAAGAGAGCCAGGGGCGAGAAACUGCCAAGUCUGCCUGCCAAAUUCGAAAAUUUUUCGUAA